GUUGGGCAGCGUGGAGAACGGUCACACCGGCAAAACGGUCCUGUCGAUUUCAUUAAAAACACGAAUUGCAGCCGGAUUUUUUGAUAUAUACAUAUAUAUUCAAACAUGCCUUGUCGAAAGGAGAACUAUAUCUUUUUGGAACAGUCGGUAACGAUGGAUUCUAAGGAAGUAGACGCGCUGGUGUCGAAGAUCGGCGAGGCGCUGCAGCUUCACAACAAUAGCUCGAGCCAUAAGGGGAUGUCACGUCUACACGGUCUCGCCAGCGGCGUCAAACCGAGCAACACAAACGGCAGCCACAGCAGUAGCAGCUCGGCGGGCGGUCAGCGGCUCAAUGGAUGCUACAUGCGUCUCCGCAGCCGGAGUUUACGCACCAGCCGGUCCAGUCCAUACAAUCCGUAUGGGGACCAUUUCAAAUCGUGGAACCGAAAGAAGAUCGACGUUACGACGGGCGACGAUGACGAUCCGCAUCAGCUCCUCCAGGAACUCAUAUUGUCGGGUAAUCUGAUCAAGGAAGCGGUCAGACGACUUCAGUUUUCCUCGGAACCACCGGAGCAAGACAUUUCCAAACCCAUAGAUUGACUUGUUUUCAGACCAGCAGACGCAUGAACGUCCUCGCGUUUAAUGGGGUUGCCCGCUCAUUGCCAUACAGUGAUUUUGCUGAUGGUUUUACAGACUUUGAUAUCAAACCCGUAUAAUUUUUCUAUUGUAUAUUCAUGGGAUGGAAAUGUUAUGUAUUUUCGACUGUUUUGCAAUGUGACCCCCCCCCCUCCCCCUCCCUUUGUGACUUUUUUAUUACGAUUUCAGCGUCCAGAUGAAUGCAAUGUAAUGCAAAUUCCUGUGAUUUAUAGCAAUGCAUCUGAUAAUAGUAUUAACUGGCCUCUGUUUGUCUUUGAAUGGAUGGUGCAUUUUGUUUUGGUUUGCUGGAAGUCAGCAGCGUGUGUCAGUAGCAACAAGAACUGCUCAACUGGUUUGUUUACAAUGUAGAUGUGGUCGGGCUGUUGGUUAGAUCUGGCAACGGGUCACACUUUUUGUUUACUCACUCUGAACGUUUAGUUACUUUUGUUAGAUACUGGGAUAUCACUUUUUUUUUUUUUCUUUUUUUUUCUCAAGAUGUCCCCGUGUGCACAUCACAUCGGCCCACGAUCACAGACCCCUUAAUUUUUCUAGCAAGGAGCCAGGCCAACACCCCUCAAAGAGAAACCAAGAUCAAACUCGCCGAUGUGUGGAUAAACUUGUUAAACUUGGGGGGAUGUGAUGAUCACAACACUGACACACUGGUGCUUUUUUGAUUCCAAUGUGGAGUUCUCAUGUUCUUUUUUUUUUUGUUUGUUUUUUUUGUUUUUUUUCACUCUAUGUAAACUCAGUGUAUGCUUCGCAACGAAGUGUUUUUAAUACCUCUGAUUGUUCAGAGAGAUUGGUGUCUAAUAAAUGUGGUGUUUUUGCAUAAGGUUUUUUCAGAUGUCUUUGUC